UUGGAAUGGUCCGUCACAGGUAGAUACACUUUCACGGUGAACACUUUUCUCAAGAAUCGAAUAAAUCUACAGAGCCCUUUCGUCUGUUAGCUGACAACAGUUAGUAUUACAUUCUAUUGGCAUGGCAGAGUCUAAAACAGCCUAUGAACUGAAAGAUAUACCACUGGUUAAAAGUGUAGUUGGGAUUUACUCUCGAACGAAGUCAUCAAACUUCUUUUUGACCUAUAGUUGUUCGGCGACAGAGAAAAGUCUUAAUUUUUUAGUAGAAUCGAUUGUUGAAAGAACCGGGUGUGGUGAAAUAGCUGAUGCUGUUGUGAGUGGAUACGUUGCCUCACUGAAGGAAACUUACCCAGCAUUACAGAAAACGCCAGAAAAGCUCUACAAAAAGACAAAACGAAAAACAUCAAAAUAUAUAAAACAGGGCGCUCAGGCUGUUCUAAGAACUUGUGCUGGACAGACUUUCCUUGCUGGAGUUGAUGCUCUUACAAACGUGUCAGAUCUCGCAUACAAACGUCUCAAAGAACAUAAUCGAGCAGCAGCGAACAUGUCAAAAUCUGAAAAACACGCACAAACAGAAAUUAUGUCGCCAACUAAGACCAGCCGGGGACAGCAGACAAAAUUAACAGGAGGAGGCGACAGAUGGGUUAAAAAACUUACACGUGAAGAUGACCAGCGUAUCCAACCAUCAUUUACUCUAACAUACAUUGUUUUGUUUCCACUGGCCUUGUUGAUACGAUUUUUGAGAGUCAUACAGAGGAAGCUACAUGCCAUUGCCGAUCGACCAACUGGGACCAGAAAAUCUACAAGACCUAAAUUCGAUCGACCUGCACUCACGCCAGAGAAAGUAGAAGAGAUUGAGUGUAGAAGAAAGGUUUCUCCAAGAAAACGUUUAAACAGUUCUAUCAUAGGUAAUAUCAAGAGUGUAGCUUUCAGAAUGCUAGGAUUUCAAACCAGCUGUGUCAAACAAACGGACAUAAGGCAGUUUCUGACCUGCAGUAAACAUAGACCUUUCAACAUGUCGCCAUUAAUGGAUAGUGAAGAUGCUGAGAAAAAACGUAAACAUGAUGAUAUUCUGUCGGAUGAUAGUUCUACUGAUGAUGAAGACCUCGUCAACAUGGACUUGAAGAACUAUGUCUCGGAUGAAGAUCCAGAUUAUGAGCCGACAGAUGAAGAAGAAUCUGACAGCAGCAUCGAUUCUGAUGAAGAGGAAGAGGAAAGUGACUUUGAUACGGUAGAACUCGGAGAAGGUGGAUUAGUAGAAAUCAAAGAUAAGGAAAAUGUAACACCCAUGAAAAAUAAAAGUAAAGAACCAGAAAAGAAGCCAAUGAAUGAAAAUGUUGAAAAACAGAAAGAAUUGAAAGGAAAGUCAUCUCCAAAGAAAGUGGUGCUAUCCCCAAAGAAACAACCUAGUACAAACGUCCAACCUGUUACAAUAAUGAACAAGUCUCCAGUUAAACAAGUCAGUGGUAAAGAUGAAAAGACAGAUUCAAAUUACAACCAGAAGUUCAAUGAUCAGUCAAAAUCGUCAGAAUCCGGCAGCAAGCAAACAAAAACAGGAUCGAACACGGCAAACAUUGGGAAUACUGAAAAAAAUCAAGGAAACAAGAAAUCAUGAACAUUCAAAGCCAAGACUGCCUGCCAAAUUCUGUUGUAUGGCUUGUCCAUGUUUGUAAAUGACUUCCGUUUCAGUAACAUUGAUAUUCUCUUUCUUUGAUUACUUCACAGAAAAAUGCAAAAUUAAGUUUUUUUGUAUCAGUAAAAAUAAUGUAAAUAUUGACUGUUUAUACAUGUAAGACUGUGUUAUAGUGCUACAUUGUUUAUUUGAAUCAAAAUAUACUAGUGUGUUUUUGCUCACCAU